UGUGAGACAAGUUAUUGCUAAGGUCUAUAUAUCAAAAGAAAUUGAUACCAUUCAGGAUAGUAUAAGACAAGUUGUUGAUAAUAUUGACAUACAAAAAAGAACUAAUGAUAUUCAAAAUAGUGUGAAACAAGCUAUUGAUAAUAUUGAUAUACCAAAAAUAAUUAACAAUAUUCAAGACUUGAGCAC